UUGCGCUCAAACUGAGUGCAUAAAAGAACUAGAAACACUGUAUUUUAAAUGUAAUAAGUUUUAUUGUCCUGAGGAAGGGGGAUGUUCUACCCCCGAAACGCGUAGACCAACUUUAAUAAAAAGAUUACCUUGAUUGGUACUUCUUGCGCAUCGAGUCCUUUACUGCACCAGCGCCACCGAGAAUGGUCUAAUUUUUCUCCACUUUUCUGCAUAAACCUAUCCUGACAACCGGACCACGGCAAGGGAUACAGACCAGGGGCAGCAGACGCAGUUCUCUCCUUUCCCGCAAACUGGACAGGUAAUCAUCCAGCGAGGCGAUUCAGAGGCGUUGUGACCAUUCACAACCCCUUCUGGAAAGCAUAACCAGUAACUUCUGUGUCUAUACCGAGUGCUGUGAGGUUCUAGACAAGAGGCGCUGCCUCCUCUCUUUUCUCUUUUCCCUUUUAUAGCGAUGAAUUCUGCUCUUCCAAGAAUAAGAGGAAAAAAAUCUAAGAAUUAUGAUGGACAACAAGAUGGUAGUCUCGUACCUAAACAAACGGGGGCACAAGGUGCAGAACUCUAAUGCAGAAAGCCCACAGUAUCCUCUUACUAGCAGAAAAAGAAUGUGCGUCGAUCUCAGCGGUACAUAUGAGGGGCGUGGAAAACAGACAGGCGGACUUUCUCAGUCGUCACCCUCUCUCUCAGGGCGAGUGGUCUCUAGACCUAUCCAUUUUCAAGAAGAUAACACCCCUCUGGGGACAGCUGGACAAAGAUCUGUCUGAUUCCUUGAUGCAGAAAUGGAAAUUUCCCCUGACCCUACGCCUUUCCUCCUCUUCCUUUGAUUCCUCGUGUGUUAUGGAAAAUCAGGGAAGAAGGGGCGAGGGUUAUCCUCAUUGCUUCAUUCUAGCCAAGAAAGUCUUGGUUCAUGUGGCUCCUGAUCAUGUCAAUCCUGGAUCCAUGGGUCCUUCCAGAGAUCCGGGGUCAGUUGAGCCAAGGUUCAGUAUUCUAUCCAGACAUAAAAAAAUCUCCACUUAACUGCCUGGAACUCGAAAGGUACAUGCUAGGGAGGAAGGGAUUUUCCGAUGCCUUGAUUUUGACUCUUCUUAAGAGUAGGAAGAAAGUAACAGUAGCCAUCUAUGCCAGAGUGUGGCAGAAAUUUUUUGAUUUUGCGCAUAUCCAGAUUAAUGACAUCCCAUCUUCUGUUCCCAUUUAUCUAAUAUUGGAGUUCCUUCAGAAGGGUCUAGAUCUGGGACUAGCAGGAAAUACCUUAAAAGUACAUGUCUCAGCUCUGUCGGCCCUUUUUAAUCAGGACAUUGCAGGAUGCCCAUGGGUAUCUAGAUUCUUUAGAGCAGUGGACAGAUCCACCCCGAUAGCUUCAGUUAGACCUCCGCUUUGGGAUUUAGAUGUAGUUUUAAAGGCUUUAACUCGUCCUCCAUUUGAACCUAUAGAGUCCAGCUCCAUAAAAUGUCUCACCUUGAAGUUAUGUCUCCUAAUAGCUUUAACAUCUGCUCGCAGGAUUAAUGAGAUUCAGGCCAUUUCCAUGAAUCCUCCUUAUACCACAAUUUUAGAGGACAAGGUUGUGAUACGUCCAGAUCCGACUUUUCUUCCAAAAGUUGUUUCCAAAUUUUAUAGAUAUUAAGAGAAUAUUCUUCCUACCCUGUUUAAAAACCCUGGGUCAGAAGAGAAAUCCCUUCACUGCCUAGACGUCAGAAGGGCUUUGAUUAACUAUCUUUCUCGCACUAAAGAUUGGCGCAAAUCUUCUUCACUCUUUAUUCUUUUUCAAGGAGUGAAUAAGGGUGUUGCAGCCUCUAAAAGUUAUAUUGCUAGGUGGAUUGUUUCAGCUAGUUCCUUGUCUUGCCUAUCUUCGGGGUUAUCUCCUCCAGCGGGUCUCAAGACACACUCUACCAGGGCAGUGGCUACCUCCUGGGCGGAAAGAUCCUCGGUUCCCAUAGAGAAUAUUUGCAGAGCUGCCACCUGGUCUUCGCCUUCAACCUUUUUUAAGCACUAUCGGCUUGAUUUAAACUCCUCUCCUUCUGGGUCAUCCUUUGGGGAAAAGGUGCUUCUUUCUACUCUCCCACCCUGAAAUUUCCUCUGGUAAUUCUCUCGUGGUGCUGUCAUAGGCGAAGGUAAUUAGAUUUUCCAGAGCCCAUGACAGCACCCUUAUAUUCCCUCCCUUUAUGGUUAUCUUAUGUUCACACGGGUGUAGCAAAAAAAAAAUAUAUAGAAUCUUAUUAAACUGAAUUUAUUAUUGACUGUCUAACGUUAUGUUGGUGGCCUUCCUCCGAUGCUUGGAUAUCACACUGAGGAGAAGAGUGUACGUCCUUUUAUUCUGCAGGUUUCCUGUCUGUGGGGGCGGAUCCUCUCUCCUCUUGUGGUGCUGUCAUGCGCUGUGGAAAAUCAAAUUAACGACAACUGUACUGGGAGCACAGAGGAACACCUGAUACCUACAUAUUAUGAUGCAGAUGAUUCGGUUGUCGCACCAGAUACAUAUAAAAAAAGUGCCAUUAUCCCAGUUGUACACUCAGACCUUCAAAUCAAAAAUCUGCCACCUGAUCCUUUAAAAAAGACUGUUAUGCUGAAUGCAAGUCACAGAAGUGGUGCUGGAUCCCAAAGAGCUCAGAAAGGGAAGAAGUCUUAUUCAUGUUCAGAAUGUGGCAAAUGUUUUACUCAUAAAUACAAUCUUGAGAGGCAUCAGAUAGUUCACACAGGGGAGAAGCCGUAUUCAUGUCCAGAAUGUGGCAAAUGUUUUCCUCGAAAAUCACAUCUUGAUAUCCAUCAAAGACAUCACACAGGGGAGAAGCCGUAUUCAUGUCCAGAAUGUGGCAAAUGUUUUACUAAUAAAUCAAAUCUUGAGAGGCAUCAGAAAAUUCACACAGGGAACAAGCCGUAUUCAUGUUCAGAAUGUAACAAAUGUUUUACUUGGAAAUCAAAUCUUGAGAGCCAUCAAAGACAUCACACAGGGGAGAAGCCAUAUUCAUGUUUAGAAUGUGGCAAAUGUUUUACUCGAAAAUCACAUCUUGAUAUCCAUCAAAGACAUCACACAGGGGAGAAGCCAUAUUCAUGUUCAGAAUGUGGCAAAUGUUUUACUCGAAAAUCAUAUCUUGAUAUCCAUCAAAGACAUCACACAGGGGAGAAGCCAUAUUCAUGUUCAGAAUGUGGCAAAUGUUUUUCUCUGAAAUCAAGUCUUCAGAGCCAUCAAAGACAUCACACAGGGGAGAAGCCAUAUUCAUGUUUAGAAUGUGGCAAAUGUUUUUCUCUGAAAUCAAGUCUUCAGAGCCAUCAAAGACAUCACACAGGGGAGAAGCCAUAUUCAUGUUCAGAAUGUGGCAAAUGUUUUUCUCAUAAAUCAAGUCUUCAGAGCCAUCAAAGACAUCACACAGGGGAGAAGCCGUAUUCAUGUUCAGAAUGUGGCAAAUGUUUUACUCUGAAAUCACAUCUUGAUAUCCAUCAAUUACAUCACACAGGGGAGAAGCCGUAUUCAUGUUCAGAAUGUGGCAAAUGUUUUUCUCAGAAAUCAAGUCUUAAGAGCCAUCAAAGACAUCACACAGGGGAGAAGCCAUAUUCAUGUUCAGAAUGUGGCAAAUGUUUUACUCUGAAAUUACAUCUUAAUAUCCACCAAAGACAUCACACAGGGGAGAAGCCAUAUUCAUGUUCAGAAUGUGGUAAACGUUUUGCUGAUAAAUCAAUUCUUCAUAACCAUCAGAGAAUUCACACGGAGAAGUCGUUUUCAUGUCCAGAAUGUGGAAAAUGUUUUGCUAGGAAAAAUAAUCUUGCUGAGCAUUUAAAAAUUCACACAGGGGAGAGGCCAUUUUCCUGUCCAGAAUGUGGAAAAUGGUUUACUCGGAAAGCAAAUCUUGUUAAUCAUCUGAAAUCUCACACAGAGGAGAAGUGAUAUUAAUGGCCAGAACGUGUUUUACUAAAGAAUGUAAAUUUGAGAAUCAUUAGGGAAGUCACACAGGGGUGCAGCCAUGUUUAUGUUCAGAAUGUGGAAACUGUUUUAUUCAGAAAUAAGCCCUUGUUCAAUAUCAGAGAAUUCAUACAGGGGAGAAGAAGUUCUAACCCCUUCCCAACAUCCUCCAUACAUGUAUGGCGGAUGUCGGGAAUAUAAAGAUGGUGCCCACUCAAGAGUUAAGUAAGUGCCAUAGGCGAAGCAUGCGUGCGGUUUCACACAGCAGCGUCCACAUGAUUGGAGAUAGCUCUGAUCGCUGACAUUCCAUCAGAUGCUAUAGCCAACUGCAACCACAGCAUCUGAGCAGUCAUUUACUGGGAGCGAGUGAGGUGUUAUAGCUUGAAGAGCAUAUGAAUUAGAACCAUAGAUAACUUCAUAAAACCAAAUAUAACAAUAGCCACAUGAUGUAUAGUGAAUAAAAGAUAUAACAGAGAAUGGAUUGUAGUUCAAGGCCUUUACCAUACCUACCCUAAAGAAACCAUUAGAGAGAUUGCUUACAUGAUAAUGGAGUAUUUUCUGUUGUUACCUAUAUUAAUGAGUCAUUUGCACACUGGUGUUUGACUACCCGACAACAACGGCCCUUAGUUUCCCUGCUAUGAUAACAUACGAUGUGUGGAGCCCCGCUCUCAUUUUCGUUACACAGAUGUAUCCUCGUGAUAGAGAUGUGAAUAUAAUUUUUGUAUAACUAGAUGAUUUUCUUAUGUAUUUACUUUAAGCUGCUUCUUUCUUAUCUUAAAGGGGUAUUCUCAUCUUGCUUAUUCAGCCUUCCCUGCAGUCAGCUAGCUGUCUACUUCCUGGUUUUCUGCAGAUAAGGCUGGGCAGGGCUUAGGCAGCUAGAGUGAAGGCCGGCCACACCUCCUUAUGACAUCACACUGAGCACUGAGUUCUUAUACUUUUCACAUGAACAGCACAUGAGUCAUCAGUCUGGCAGCCUGCAGUGUCUGAGACCCACCAGCACUGAUGCAGAUUUCUUUCUAUUACAGCUGUAAUACAAUUGUGUAUAAACCUUACACUAUGUAUAUGUAUAGAUGCAUAUACAGCUCAGGAACAUGUUUCGUCUCCAGUCUCCUAUCAUAAGUUUGGCUCAAGGGCUUCCUAUACAGCUGAGCUACAUCUUUAUUAUACUUUCCCACCGUCCUUCAGGUUGAUGGUCCGCAUAUAAAGCUCUGCUACAACUCUUUAUUUCACCAUCACUGAGGCUGACCAUCCGCUUAUACAGCUCUGCUACAUAUGUAUGUGUAUGUGUAUGUAUAUAUAUAUAUAUAUAUAUAUAUAUAUAUAUAGUCAAUUCCACACUAGCACUGUUGCUGAACAACUUUUUAUACAGCUUUGCUACAUCUGUCUCCCCCUCCACCACUAGCAUUUUUGAUGAAACGCUUCCUAUACAGCUCUGCUACAUCUGUCUCCACCACUAGCACUGUGGCUGAUCAACUUCUUAUACAGCACUGCUACAUGUCAUUAGUGCCCCCAGGAAAAAUAAUGCCAUUAUUGUCCCCAAGAAUAAUAAUGCCCCCUUUGGUGCCCAUAAGAAUAAUACUGUCUCAUUAGUGCCCCCAGGAAAAAUAAUGCUCCCAUUCGCGCCCCCCCCCCUCCAGUUAGAAUAAUGCCUCCUGUUAUGCCCCCAUGUAAAAUAAUACCCCAUUAGUGCCCCCCAGUUAGAAUGAUGCCUCCUGUUAUAUCCCCAUGUAAAAUAAUGCCCCCUUUAGUGCCCCCCCAGUUAGAAUGAUGCCUCCAGUUGUGCCAGGUAAAAUAAUGUCCUCUUUAGUGCCCCUGAGAUUAAUACUGUCUCAUUAGUGCCCCCAGGAAAAAAUAAUGCCAUUAUUGUCCCCAAGAAUAAUAAUGCCCCCUUUAGUGCCUAUAAGAAUAAUACUGUCUCAUUAGUGCCACCAGGAAAAAUAGUGCCCCCCAGUUAGAAUGAUGCCUCCUGUUAGGCCCCCAUGUAAAAUAAUGCCCCCAUUAGUUCCCCCCCCCCCCCCAGUUAGAAUGAUGCCUCAUGUUAUGCCCCCAUGUAAAAUAAUGCCUCCCCCAGUUAGAAUAAUGCCUCCAGUUGUGCCAGGUGAAAUAAUGCCCCCAUUAAUGCCCCCCCCCCCAGUUAGAAUAAUGCCUCCAGUUGUGCCAGGUAAAAUAAUGCCUCCUUUAGUGCCCCCCCAGUUAGAAUAAUGCCUCCUGUUAUGCCCCCAUGUAAAAUAAUACCCCCAUUAGUGCCCCCCCAGUUAGAAUGAGGCCUCCUGUUAUGCCCCCAUGUAAAAUAAUGCCCCCUUUAGUGCCCCCCAGUUAGAAUGAUGCCUCCUGCUAUGCCCCCAUGUAAAAUAAAUGCCCCCUUUAGUGCCCCCCCAGUUAGAAUGAUGCCUCCUGGUAUGCCCCCAUGUAAAAUAAUGUCCCCUUUAGUGCCCCCCCCCCAGUUAGAAUGAUGCCUCCUGGUAUGCCCCCAUGUAAAAUAAUGUCCCCUUUAGUGCCCCCCAGUUAAAAUGAUGCCUCCUGUUAUGCCCCCAUGUAAAAUAAUGCCCCCUUUAGUGCCCCCCCAGUUAGAAUGAUGCCUCCUGGUAUGCCCCCAUGUAAAAUAAUGCCCCCUUUAGUGCCCCCAGUUAGAAUGAUGCCUCCUGUUAUGCCCCCAUGUAAAAUAAUGCCCCCUUUAGUGCCCCCCCCAGUUAGAAUGAUGCCUCCUGGUAUGCCCCCAUGUAAAAUAAUGUCCCCUUUAGUGCCCCCCAGUUAGAAUGAUGCCUCCUGUUAUGCCCCCAUGUAAAAUAAUGCCCCCUUUAGUGCCCCCCAGUUAGAAUGAUGCCUCCUGUUAGGCCCCCAUGUAAAAUAAUGCCCCCAUUAGUUCCCCCCCCCCCAGUUAGAAUGAUGCCUCAUGUUAUGCCCCCAUGUAAAAUAAUGCCCCCCCAGUUAGAAUGAUGCCUCCUGUUAUGCCCCCAUGUAAAAUAAUGCCCCCUUUAGUGCCCCCAGUUAGAAUGAUGCCUCCAGUUGUGCCAGGUAAAAUAAUGUCCCCUUUAGUGCCCCUGAUAUUAAUACUGUCAUAUUAGUGCGCCCAGGAAAAAUAAUGCCCCCAUUAGUGCCUCCCCCAGUUAGAAUAAUGCCUCCAGUUGUGCCAGGUAAAAUAAUGCCCCCAUUAGUGCCCCCCCCCCAGUUAGAAUAAUGCCUCCAGUUGUGCCAGGUAAAAUAAUGCCCCCAUUAGUGCCCCCCCCCCCAGUUAGAAUAAUGCCUCCAGUUGUGCCAGGGAAAAUAAUGCCCCCUUUAGUGUCCCUGAGAAUAAUACUGUCUCAUUAGUGCCCUCAAGAAUAAUAAUGCCCCCUUUAGUGCCCAUAAGAAUAAUACUGUCUCAGUGCCCCCAGGAAAAAUAAUGCCCCCAUUAGUGCCCCCAGUUAGAAUGAUGCCUCCUGUUAUGCCCCCAUGUAAAAUAAUGCCCCCUUUAGUGCCUCCCCAGUUAGAAUGACGCCUCCUGUUAUGCCCCCAUGUAAAAUAAUGCCCCCUUUAGUGCCCCCCAGUUAGAAUGAUGCCUCCUGUUAAGCCCCCAUGUAAAAUAAUUCACUCAUUAGUGCCCCUCCCCCCAGUUAGAAUGAUGCCCCCCAUUGAUGAUGCUCUUAUUAUUAAAUCGUUGGUGGAAUUGGUGGGGCAUUUACAAAUAAUACUUACCUAUGUCCUGCGCUGGCUGUUCUAAAGACGUCCGACUCCUUUCUUCAUCCACCGAAGUAUUCGAGCGCAAGCGCAGAAGUAUCUUCCUUUCUUUGGAGCCGCAGCACGAAGUAUACUUGAUCUGCAGAUGCGCGGCCGCCCGACGUGCGCAUUCACAUCUUCUAAUGCAGGCCGGCCACUAGAUCACCAGGGUAAGCGGUGCGCAGGCGCGGCCCAUGGAUGCGGCCGGCGAUAGGUGGCCGUAUCCAUGGGCAGCGAGUAUAAACAAGCAUACAUAAUUUUUCAUUUUUAUAAAAAAACUAUGUUUUAGAAAAAGGAAUAUAUUUAGGAAAAGCCUCGGGGGGGGGGGGGGGAUGAAAGAUGAUUACCAAGAUGAUAAUACCCCUUUAAGUGCUUCCCCCUUUUCUAGCCAAGCUGUAUGUGUAUACAACUCUGGAUAGAGAAGAGGGGGUGAAGCUGCGAGCAUCGAAGGCCCCCUGGUCUCACAUAUGUAUAGACUGUAGAAGAAAGCUUGAGCCAAUGACUUAGUUAUAUAAUAUACAUGUAUACUCACUGCCUAUAAAAAGCACCUCCUUGAAGUGUCACAUAUGACAUAUGCAGUAUUGAUAUUAGUGAGAGGCCAUUACAAGAUGGCGGCUGACACCCAGAUGUUCACAUUAGUUCACAUACCAAGGUUUGUAAGACAGUGCACCCUGCGCAGAAGCCAAGUGUUAUCUUAUCUUCUUAGCUAAUGAAAUAAUGGCAUGAGCCUGAAGAUGUAUAUACAGCGUAACUCAUUGUAAUAAAGAAAGAGAUUGCCUUGA